AAAUAUAGCCCUCCUAACUUCCUCUAACAAUAGUCAUUACAUUAUUUAAAUCCAAAUUCAAAAAACAUUAUCAUAACCUCCACCACACCAUCAUCAUCACCAUGUGCAUGUGAGAAAAAACCAGAGCUGGGGUGGUUAGGUUGUUUCUUGCAAGGAUUUGGCGGGAACAAUCAUUACACGCCACCUCCAACCAACCACCUUCAAAAUCAAAUCAUUCAAAUCACUCCCACCAAACAAUCCUCAACUCGACUCUGAAUUUAAAAUUUUUAUUUAUUUAUUUAUGUCACUUUCAAUGGAAGAUUCGAGAAUCAGGAUUUCGCGGCUAGGGUUCGCAUUGGUUCUGAUUGUGGCGGCGGUUUCCGCAGCCGACAACGGCGGUGCAAAUGCAGAAGCGGCCUCUCGUUGCAAUGCCGAUCUCUCCAAAGUUAUCCCUGAAACGUUCGGAGACACAUCUAAGAUGGUGUGUAAACCUGUUUGGAAUUCAUAUGUUAUACAGUACUCACAAACUAAAGACAAUGUCGUGACAAUUGUAGUAUCGGCUGAGUAUACAAGUGGAUGGGUAGGAAUGGCUUUUUCGAAAGAUGGGAUGAUGCUUAAUGCCAGUUCCAUGGUGGGAUGGAUUAGUAAAGAAGGUCAAGCAAAUGUCAAGCAGUAUUAUUUGAAAGGAUUUGAGCAAUCAGCUGUGGUACCAGAUAAAGGUGAUUUGCCACUAACUAAAGUUCCUGCGUUUGUGGCGCUUCAAGGUGCCACAAUCUACAUAGCAUUUCAGCUGAAAUUUGCCUCUCUGCUUGCUCGCCAACCGGUUCUAUUGGCUUAUGGGACUAAAUAUCCAACAAAGAACCACCUCCUAUAUCCACACGACGACAAAACAAGUAUAAUGUUCGACUUCUCUGCAGUUUCUGCUUCUGCUGCAUCUGUACCUGCACCUGCAUUAGAUGAAAUUAGUCAAGCGAAGCAUUCCCAUGGGAUAUUAGGUUUAAUCGGAUGGGGUCUGUUUCUUCCUUUUGGAGCAAUCGCUGCUCGAUACUUUAAGCAUCAUGAUCCACUAUGGUAUUACCUUCAUGUGAGCAUUCAGUUUGUGGGAUUUAUAUUGGGCGUCGCUGCUGUCAUACUUGGAGCAUCGCUCUAUAACAGAAUUCAUGCCCAUUUUCCAACUCACAGAGGCAUCGGAAUCUUUGUUCUUGUGCUUAGCAUUCUCCAGGUCUUGGCGAUCGUGGCACGACCUGACAAGGGCAGCAAGGUGAGAAAAUACUGGAAUUGGUACCACCAUUGGGUUGGAAGGAUUGCACUUUUCUUUGGAAACUUGAACAUAGUUUUGGGGAUGCAAAUUGGCAAGGCAGGGAGUGAAUGGAAAACGGGUUAUAUAUUUCUUCUCGGUACGGUUUUAGCUACAACUAUUGUUUUAGAAGUGUUGGCAAGGCAAAAAGAGUCUCAUGACUCUGAUAUCCUUCCGGCCUUCCAACCCAACUCGCAUGAGUAACCCAUAUUCAACAACUCUUAACCAAAGGGUGAGUAAGAUCUAUGCUUUUUUACCUAAGGAGGAUGCACCCAUGUUUAACCCUCAUGGCUGACUGGGGUUAAACCGAGUUUGAACAUGAAAAACAUACCGUUUGAAGCCAUGUGUGAACUUCCCUUACAUUUGAUUGCGAAGCCAUGUGUGAACUUCCCUUACAUUUGAUUGGAACAAAAUUAAAAAAAAAAAAAAAAGAAGCCAAAUUCUCGAUGUAUGCCAAAUAUAGAGAGAGAGCUCUUUGUUUCAUAUUACAAUUUUUACAGCUUUUUGAUUCGUUGUUCUGUUUAAUUUGUUACCUGAGAGCAUUAUUCUUUCUUCAUCAGACUCGGUUCUUGUCAAAACCAAUUUUUGGAGAAGAAUGGAAUUUAUACUUUGGGCAAGAUUUUCUAGCAGAGUGUCAUCUUCAAAUCUUCUUUUUUUUUCCCUUUGAAAAUAGUCACAGUUUGAACUUUUAAACACAAAUUUUUAACCAUUGCUUGGUUUCUGCAAGCAACAGCAUGGAGGAGAGGUACUAUUGGGAAAACAUUUUCCAGAAAACCUUUUCUGUCAAAACAAACAGAUCUUAAUUGCAUUUCACAUGCACAUUAAUCUAUAUAUCUAGGCUGAUAAGCAUUUCAAAAAUGGAUGAGCAAUAUGAGAAAAUCAAUACAAAUUGAUAUUAGAAUAUUUUUCCCAACAUUUUUCAACAUUUUUCAAUAACCAACACACCCAGUCAAAAGACAAAAAUGUUGGCAUAUACAAAUAAAUCAAAAUUAAUUAUCAAAAAUCAAAAAACUAGAUUUUAGUUUUUUUUUUUUUAUUGUUAUAAA